UUUCCUUCUUUCAUUUGCUUUAGAGCUAAAUCACUCAUUCUUAGUCAUUUUUGUGUAUCUUGAAGAACCCCCCUUUUAGUUUAAGCAGAAGCAAGUAAGAAUGUGGUCAGAGCAAAAAGAAAUACCACCUCCACCUGGUUUUGAACCUUUGGACCAAAUUUUACCUACUGAAGAUAACUCUGAUGAUCAUGACAAAGGUGAAAGGACUACUACUCCUGAUCCUGUUAUUAAGAGGUGCAGUUCAAGAAAAAGGACUCGUCCAAAUUUCUUUGUUCCAACCCAUCCCCGCCCUUCUCCAAGACCACAUGAUCAAGGUUUACAACGUGGCCGGGGUCGUCCUAGGAAACAGAGAUCAGAUGAUGAAAUGCCAUCCACGGAAACAACAGAAAAUCCAGGCUCGCAAUCUUCUUUACGUCGUGGCCCAGGUCGCCCUCCGAAACAGAGAUCAAAUGUUACAGAAGCUCCAGCAGUUUCACCACCUCCAGCAUCACCAUUGGGGUCGACCGAGGAUAGUCCAUUAGCUUUGGCGACCACAAAUACUCCAGAGGCAGUUGCACCAACUCAAUUGGAGUCGACCAGAGAUAGUCCAUUAGUUUCGGAGACUGCAAAUACGCCAGAGGCAGUUGCCCCAACUACAUUGGGGUCGACUGGAGAUAGUCCAUUAGUUUCGGCGACCGCGAAUACUCCAAAGGCUGUUGCCCCAACUUCAUUGGGGUCAACUAGUGAUAGGCCUUUGGAAGUUCCCUCUGAUGAAGAGGACACAAAGUUAAAUGUAAAGUUGUCUAGAGUAUUGAUGCACCCCCCAAAGGCAAAUCAUAAACCCCAGAUUCCAGAUGAAGAAUCAAAGAAAGUGAUUCUUGGAGUCGGGUCUUUAUUGGUGAAGAAGCUGCUUACUUCUGAGAACGAUGUUGGUUACAUGGUCCAUCAGGCCAAUGCUAUCUUUACUUGUUUGAAAGCGCUUGAUGUUGAUUAUGCCUCUUUUUACGGAGAAGUCACAGAAUACAUUUCUCAUCGCUGCAAUUUGCUAGACGCACAGAGAGAAGAAGCCAUGUUGUCUUUGCCAGCAUUGCAGGAAAAUUAUGAAAAUGCUAAAAGUACUGCAAUUGAUGUUGAGGAGGAUUUUGGUCAUACUCAAGGAGAGUGGGCGAAGGCCAAGAAGAAAGAGGAAACCUUGAAGAGGAAAAUCGAGGAUCUGAAGCAAGAGUUAGCACAGAUCGAACAUAAAAAGGAGAGUCUGAAAGAAGCCCAUGAAGUUGCAAAAGCCAAGGAGCAAGAACUUGGCACCCAGUUGAAGGCAGCUCAAGCAAGGCGAACAGAAAUUCAGCAGCGCAAAUAUGCAGCUCUCGUAGGGAUUGAAUCCACCACCCAACGUCUAAAGUCCACAUAUCAUGUUGAUUUCGAUUAGUUGGAUACUUGAUAACUCAUUAAAUGAGCUCCCUACAAGAUGAACUGAAAGUCCUCAUGACUACCUUGAACUGUUUUGGGGUUUCAUCUUUUCUAGCAGCAGACUGGUUGUUUUUUCAUUGAGUUAUCAACAUGUAGUAGAUUCUCCUUGAAGUUUCUUGUCAUGCUUCCAA